AAUUCUAAGGCGAAAAAGAUGAGAAAAAACGACAGGAAAAAUCAUCAGAAUUCCUAAAAAUGUCAAAUUAAUUUCACAUUUGAAUGUCUCCUCUUCUUCCUCUUUAUCCCAAUCCAACAAAUUUGUGGAACAGAUCAAAAGUCUUAGGUUUGAGCUUUUUCAAAAUUCCCCAAAAUCAAAUCAUUCCGCAAAAUGGUGGUGCCUUUAUUACAGGCACCGAAAUUUAGGAAAUUAAGGAGAUCAGCUUUAAUAUUAGGCCUCUCCAAUGCGCUUAUAAUAAUAAUAAUAAUAAUAAUGGGAACUGUUAUUGUAAUUAUUACCCGUUAUUCGUGCGGAGAAAAGGAUAUUGCGCCUGUUUUUGUUAUAAUGAUGGCUCGUUUUGUAAGAACUGGUGCUAUGAUUGGAACUGGUAUUGCUCAACAAGAUACUGCUUCCAGUAUUUUAACUUCUCAGGCUGAUUUGCCUGAUUCUCAAGCUGAUAUUCGGCAUCAAAAACGGAUCCUCCAAGUAGGCGAUCAGCUCAUCGGAAGAUGAUGGUGCGCUUCAUUUGCUCCGGAGUUGCCUAUUUGGUCAGUAUGCAUCGG